AUGAGACCAAAAAGCUAUAAUCCUCUCGAUCCUAUCAUUCAAACACAACCUGAUGCCGGAAGAGAAAAUCUUCAAUUGAAGGAAAUUUUUGUUCGUGGAGUGGAAGCAACAAGCGAAUCUAAAAUUACAGCUGCUUUCCAAGAAGCUAAAAAAGCUACAACUUUGAACGAAUUGAACGAAGCUAUUAGUAUUGGUCUUGAACGUGUUGGAAAAUUGGAUGUUUUAAAUAAUGUUAAUGUGAUCCUUGAUGCUGAUGAUAGUAAAAAUGUUGCUCUUGUUUUGGACUGUAAGGAAAAACAAUCAACUCGUCUUUCUGCUGGUACAACUGUUAAUGACAAGGGUCAAGUUAAAGGAGAAAUCUCCUUCGGAUAUAGAAAUCUUUUAGGACAAGCUGAUAGAUGGGAUGUUGAUGCUAAUAUUGAUAAGACUGGUUUGACACUUGUAGGACGUACUUUCCUUCCACAAAGCUUUAAUAAUGAUGGUGCUCUCUAUGUUAGUGGAUUUUUAAAUGGAGGUAGAGUUUUAACAAAUCUCUUACAAGAAAAGUCAAAUGGUGUUUCUGUCAGAGCUGAAAUUAAUGAUAGACAUUCAAUUUCCUAUGAUUUUGAAAUGAGAAGAAAUGAAGAUGUUGGUUCCAUGUUUAAGAAGGCCUCAUCUUCUGGAUCUUUCUCUAGAUUCUUCUCUAGAUUCUAUAAUGCCAAGACUCAAGAUUCUGAGCCAGUUCUUGAUAAGGAUGAUUCUGUUGUAAAGAGUCAAGUUUGGACUGAAGUUAAGGAACAAAGUGUUAAAUCUUCCUUGUCUCAUACUUAUCGUUUUGAUACUAGAAACAGCUCAUUUGCUCCAUCUAGUGGCGCAUUUUUCAAAUUAGUUCAUAGAUUAGCAGGAUUGGGAGGUGAUGUCAAACACUACUCUGUUGAUAUGAAUGGUGAAGUGUUUGUUCCUCUCAUUUCAGAUUCUUUAGUUGCUGCUUUAAAGCUUAAUGUUGGUACAAUUAUACCAUUGGACAGACAAAAUGAUACAUUCAUUUCAUUGAAUGAUAGAUUUAUCGAAAAGGUACGUGGUUUCCCAGCUGUGGGUACUGUUCAUCCACGUUCUGAAGAAGUUUAUGGAGGUAAUAUUAAGGCUGUAGCCACUGGUAGACUUGUAUUCCCAUUCCCAGUGUCGUUCAUUCAUCAAUUACUUGGAUUACACUGUCAAGCAUUUUGUGACAUUGGCAAUGUUUCAAAUAUUAAUGAUUACAGUGAAAAUGGAGUUCAACAAUUUAGAGAAAAAUUCUGUAAGGGACUUCAUACCAGUUAUGGCUUUGGUCUUGCCAUGAUGUUAAGCUUUGGUAGAAUUGAAUUUAAUUUUGCUAAGCCAUCAACCUUAUUCAAUGAUCAAACAAAUCUUCCACCAACUCUUAAUAGUUUCAAACAAUUUUCAAUUCACUACGUAUUUAAUGAAUAA